AUGGCGUCUUUGGAACGGGUCGUCUCUCUGCUUUUUCUCACCUUCUACUUGGCAGAUGGCUACAUGUUGUAUAUGAAUGGUGCGUGCCUGUUCAACUCGACUGACCGGAAGGACAUCGAAUUCAUCAGCUCGCACGUUUACAACAAACUGGAGCUGCUUCGCUUCACCAGCACUUUGGGGAAGUUCGUCGGCUACACAGAGUUUGGCGUCAAGCAGGCUGACUACUUCAACAAGAACAAAGACAUCUUGGAAUACUUCAAAUCCCUGAAGGAUACCGUGUGUUUGAAUAACAUUAAGAUCGAGUAUCCAGCUGCACUCUCCAAGUCAGUCAAACCAUACGUGCGACUCCACUCGGAAUCGCCCGCCCACUCGCACCACUCCGCCAUGCUGGUGUGCAUCGUCUACAACUUCUAUCCCAAGCGCGUUCGCGUCACUUGGCUGGUGAACGGACAAGAAGCCACGGCCGAUGUGACAUCUACCGCGGAGCUGCCGGACGGCGAUUGGUACUACCAGAUGCACUCUCACCUGUUCUACACACCCAAGUCUGGACAGAAGAUCACCUGUGUGGUGGAACACGCCAGCCUGGACGAGCCUCUGCAUGUCGACUGGGAUCCAUCCCUCCCCAAGUCCGAGGUGAACAAGCUGGUCACCGGUGGGGUGGGGCUGACUCUGGGUGUGCUCAUGUUCCUGGGAGGCCUCUUGUACUACUACCGCAAGAAGCAUCAAGGUCACACUCUGGUUCCCAGCAACUGA